UGAAUGCGAAACAAAUACGUACGAGGAAGAGAACGUGAAGCUCCUAUAUAUGUCUCGAGAGCUCACUGUAUCUCUUGCCGCCAUAGCUUCACAAGCUCUAACAUUUCCUCAGUUAAACCAAAUCCAUGCUCAGCUCAUCGUCUUCAAUUCCCUCCAUCGACAAAGCUACUGGGCUUCGCGUUUAAUCAGCUGCUGCACGCGCCUCCGUGCGCCGCCUUACUACGCGCGGCUCGUUUUCGAUUCAGUGACAUUUCCCAAUGUCUUCCUCGUCAAUUCGAUGUUUAGAUACUUAUCGCAGAUGGAUAUGGCGAAUGAUGCUCUUCGUCUCUACGAACAAAGAUCGCGUUGUGGGAUUAUGCCUGACGCUUUUUCUUUCCCUGUUGUGAUCAAAUCGGCUGGGAAAUUUGGGGUUCUGUUUCAAGCUCUUGUGGAGAAAUUGGGAUUUUUUAAGGACCCUUAUGUGAGGAAUGUGAUAAUGGAUAUGUAUGCGAAGCAUGAGUCAGUGGAGAGUGCACGUAAAGUGUUCGAUCAAAUUACUCAGAGAAUGGGUUCUGAUUGGAAUGUGAUGAUUUCUGGGUAUUGGAAAUGGGGGAACAAGGAGGAAGCUUGUAAAUUGUUUGAUAUGAUGCCAAAGAAUGAGAUUGAUGUGGUUUCUUGGACGGUGAUGAUUACUGGUUUUGCAAAGCUUAAGGAUUUGGAAAAUGCAAGGAGGUGUUUUGAUCGGAUGCCGGAGAAGAGUGUUGUUUCUUGGAAUGCUAUGCUUUCAGGUUAUGCCCAAAAUGGGUUUACUGAGGAAACUCUGAGAUUUUUUAAUGAUAUGUUGAGGCUUGGAGUUAGGCCAAAUGAGACCACAUGGGUUAUUGUUAUUUCCGCUUGUUCUUUCCGUGCUGAUCCUUCCCUCGCUCAUUCACUAGUAAAAUUGAUUGGUGAGAAGAGAGUCCGUUUGAAUUGCUUUGUGAAGACAGCAUUGCUUGAUAUGCAUGCUAAGUGCAGAGAUAUUCGAUCUGCUAGAAGAAUUUUCGACGAAUUAGGUGCGCAUAAGAAUCUUGUUACAUGGAAUGCUAUGAUUUCUGGCUAUACUAGAAUCGGUGAUUUGAAUUCGGCUAGGCAGCUUUUUGAUAUAAUGCCUAAGAGAAAUGUUGUUUCUUGGAAUUCGAUGAUAGCUGGGUAUGCUCACAACGGACAACCUGCACUAGCCAUUGAGUUUUUCGAAGAUAUGAUUGAUUAUGGAGAUUCCAAACCGGAUGAAGUAACAAUGAUUAGUGUUCUAUCAGCUUGUGGACACAUGGGUGAUCUAGAAUUGGGUGAUUGCAUUGUAGAUUACAUUGGUAAGAACCAAAUCAAGCUUAAUGAUUCAGGAUACAGGUCAUUGAUCUUCAUGUAUGCAAGGUGUGGAAACCUGUGGGAAGCAAAACGGGUGUUUGACGAAAUGAAGGAAAGAGAUGUUGUCUCUUAUAACACGUUAUUCACAGCUUUUGCAGCUAAUGGAGAUGGGGUUGAAACGCUGAAUUUACUCUCAAAGAUGAAAGACGAAGGCAUUGAGCCAGACCGUGUGACUUACACUAGUGUCUUGAGGGCUUGCAACCGUGCAGGAUUACUCGAAGAAGGCCAGAGAAUAUUCAAAUCAAUUAGAAAUCCAUCGGCGGAUCAUUAUGCUUGUAUGGAUGAUUUGUUGGGGGUGUUACUAGAUUGUCCGUUUCUGGAGCGAAACGAAGUAAAUGGAGAUGGUUUGACAUUCCUUGAUAUCUUAAGAAGCCAGGGACAAAACGAAGGUGGUUGGGACUUAAAUUUGGAACAAGUUGUUCUAACAACAGGGUACAAUGAGGCAACGUCUGAUUUUUCGAAAUCGCCAAUCACUUUCUGGAGAUACUGCUCCGCGAUCAUGAGAGGUUUAAGGUCUAACAUUUCAGAUGAAGCUCGUGGAGUCUUCCUGGUCGUAUGCACUUUGAUAAUAACAGCCACUUAUCAGACUGCCCUCCAGCCUUGCGAAUGCGGGUUCCGUGGUGGUGCAACAGACUUCUCCACAAGACGCAUUAGUUCUGACACUUCAGACGAAGCUCGAGGAGUUUUCUUGAUUAUUUGCACUUUGCUUAUCACAGCCACUUACCAAACCGCUCUCCAGCCUCCAGGAGGUGUAAACCAAUCCAAUGGUCAUGCGGUGAUGAAACACACAUUCUUCAUCGUCCUAUGGGUUUCUAACACUAAAGGCUUCUGCUGCGAGAUAUUCUACACCUUUUGUCUCUUACCAGCUAGAGGUUUGUUGACUCAAUGGUUUGUUUAUAUAGGAGCAUCUCUAAGCGUCUCUUACGCCCUCGCAAUGGCUGUAAGAGACAAAAUCAGCUCCACGAAGGAAAAAACCAGCUGCAAUAUAGAGUGUUUGUGAUAUCUUACACAUUCGUUGGUUAUACACUUAUACUUGUUCAACUGUAAUUCAAGUCUUAUAAUCCGUUCUAUGCCCAAGAUUAGUUAAAACCUAUGGUAGAGACCAACAAACCAUGAGAUGUCUUCUUGUUGGAGAAAUCAAUUAAACCAAUAUUU